AUCAGCCAUUUGUCCUGAAUUGGUCCAUCCAAGAAGCAAUCUCAGUGAGAGAGUAACAGCUGUGAAGAAAACGGACUAUUACUCGUCACCAUUUCAGCCAGUGAGGACCAAGGGAUUUCCUGACCCCAUUGGUCUGUAGCGGUCCCACCAUGGGGAAGACUGGGCAGAGUACAGUGGACUUAAACUCCCCGACAGAAGUCAAACAAGCAGUUCCCUUUGAGGAGCUGGAUGCUGUGGCGCCUUCUGCAGAUGAAAAUAAAAAACAAGAGCCCCCUGAUAGAGGAAGCUGGAAGGGAAAGUUUGACUUUCUGCUGUCGUGUGUAGGAUACGCCAUUGGCCUUGGAAAUGUCUGGAGGUUUCCUUAUCUGUGCGGCAAGAAUGGUGGAGGGGCCUUUCUGAUCCCGUACUUCUUGACCCUGGUGUUUGCUGGGAUCCCUCUCUUCUUACUGGAGACAUCUCUGGGACAGUUCACCUCAGUGGGAGGGUUGGGAGUGUGGAAGCUCAUACCGAUGAUGAAAGGUGUUGGUAUAGCUGCAGUGGUUCUGUCCUUCUGGCUCAACAUCUACUAUAUCAUCAUCAUCGCCUGGGCACUCUACUAUUUAUUCAACUCCUUCGGCUCGGAGCUGCCUUGGCAAAGCUGCGAUAACCCCUGGAACACAGAGAAAUGUUUUUCCAACUACAGUCUGACAGACACCACCAACCUGACCAGCGCUGUCACCGAGUUCUGGGAGCGAAACAUGCACCAGCUGUCAGGUGGUCUGGAGGAGCCGGGGGAGCUACGGUGGCCCUUAGUGGGCACUCUGGCGCUGGCCUGGGUCCUAGUCUACUUCUCAAUUUGGAAAGGAGUGGAGUGGACGGGAAAGGUGGUGUAUUUUUCAGCCACGUAUCCCUACUUCAUGCUCUUCAUCCUCUUCUUUCGCGGGGUCACCUUGCCUGGAGCCAUAGACGGGAUACGUUUCUAUAUCACCCCGGACUUUAACAAGCUCGUCCGGUCUGAGGUGUGGUUGGAUGCAGCAACUCAAAUCUUCUUCUCCUACGGACUGGGACUGGGAUCGCUCAUCGCACUGGGAAGCUACAACACGUACCACAAUGACGUAUACAAGGAUUCCAUCAUUGUGUGCUGCAUCAAUUCCUGCACCAGCAUGUUUGCAGGCUUCGUCAUCUUCUCCAUCGUAGGCUUCAUGUCCCAUAUCACCAAGAAACCCGUGCAGGAACUAGCAGCAUCAGGUCCAGGUCUUGCGUUUUUGGCUUAUCCUCAGGCCGUCACCCAGCUGCCCAUGUCCUCUCUGUGGGCCAUCCUCUUCUUCUCCAUGCUCAUGAUGCUUGGCCUCGACAGUCAGUUCUGCACGGUGGAAGGCUUCAUCACAGCUCUGAUGGAUGAAUACCCAAUGCAUCUGAGGAAGAGGAAGAAGGUCUUCAUCCUCGUCAUCUGCUUCAUUUCCUUCAUCAUCGGCUUCUCCAACAUCACACAGGGUGGUCUCUACGUAUUCAAGCUGUUUGAUUACUACUCUGCCAGUGGGAUGUGCCUACUGUUUCUUGUCUUCUUCGAAACCAUUUCCAUAUCCUGGUUCUAUGGAGCUGAGAGGUUUUAUAAGAACAUCGAGGACAUGAUUGGCUACAGGCCAUGUGGCUGGUGGAAGCUCUGUUGGAUGUUCUUCACUCCCAUGAUCUGCCUGGGGGUGUUCACCUUCAGUGCCAUUGAGAUGACCCCUCUGACCUUGGGGAAGUAUGUGUACCCGAUGUGGGGCCAAGUGAUCGGCUGGUUCAUGGCUUUGUCCUCAAUGAUACUGAUCCCAGGCUAUGUGGUCUAUAUGUUCUGCAUCAGCAAGGGCAGCAUCAAACAGCGUUGGCGGAAGAUGACAACAUCCCGAGAGGAUAAAAAGCCAUCGGGGCAUGAAGAAUUUACCCACACAGGGAGCGUGGGCGAAGCUCCUGUCUAGCCAGGACAAAAUAAUUUGACGGCUUAACCCCCCCCACACACGUCUGCGAGGACCUUCUACAAUGAAAUCUGACAAUUUGAAAGAUGGAGUCUUGUCUUGUAUUUUAUUCUGUUUUUUUCUCCAUUUUAAAUUGUUGUUAAAAUGAUCCAAAAACUGCAAAUUGAAUACUGUGGAUCAGCUCUGAACCUAUGCACAUUUUUCACACAUAUACCAUUUAUGUCGGACUUUAAACUACUUUUAAUUUCUCUUCUAAUCAAGAAACUAUUCUUUGUUCAUCAGCAAGAAAAGUCUUUGUUGUACAUAAAAUCUGGUAAGACUUGAUUUGAGGCCGAAACUAAAAUGUAUAGAAUGUUAUUUACGUGUUAUUUUGUAGUUUAAAGAAGAACUCAACCUCUGUCGUAUUUUUGUCCAUUUAGCAGCCCAAAUUAUUUUCACCUGUACCUUUAAAUGUCUGUAAAUAUAAGGGCCCUGCAGUUGUAUUAAAUUGGAAUGAUUUUGUAUAAUCUCAAACAAGCCCACUAGCCUUUAGUGUGGCUUACUUUAUUAAAUUAAUAGUCAUGUGUAAAUAUA